CCUCGGGGCUAGUGGCUGCCAUCCCCGUUAGCUCCGCUGGAACGCUGUGCUCGCGGUCCUAUCUCUCUAUAAAGUUGUUGUUGCGGCUUCCGCCGCGGGUGGAGGAAGAUGGCGUCGGGUGGUGGUGGCUGUAGCGCUUCGGAGAGACUCCCUCCGCCCUUCCCCGGCCUGGAGCCGGAGUCCAAGGGGGCGGUCGGGGGCUCAGAACCCGAAGCCGGGGACAGCGACACCGAGGGGGAGGAUAUUUUCACCGGCGCCGCGGCUGUCAGUAAGCCCCAGUCUCCAAAGAGAAUUGCUUCCCUUCUUCCCAUCAACAGUGGCUCCAAAGAAAAUGGGAUUCAUGAGGAACAAGAUCAAGAGCCACAGGAUCUCUUUGCAGAUGCCACAGUGGAGCUAUCCCUGGACAGCACACAAAAUAAUCAGAAGAAGGUGCCAGCCAAAACACUCAUUUCUCUUCCUCCACAGGAGGCCACAAAUUCUUCUAAGCCCCAGCCAAGCUAUGAGGAGCUAGAGGAAGAAGAACAGGAAGACCAAUUUGAUUUGACAGUCGGUAUAACUGAUCCUGAGAAGAUAGGGGAUGGUAUGAAUGCCUAUGUGGCCUACAAAGUUACGACACAGACAAGCUUACCAAUGUUCAGAAGUAAACACUUUGCAGUGAAAAGAAGAUUUAGUGACUUUUUGGGUCUUUAUGAGAAGCUUUCAGAGAAGCACUCCCAGAAUGGCUUUAUUGUCCCUCCUCCACCUGAGAAGAGCCUAAUAGGAAUGACAAAAGUAAAAGUUGGGAAAGAAGAUUCUUCUUCUGCAGAAUUUCUUGAAAAACGGAGGGCUGCUCUAGAGAGGUACCUUCAGAGGAUUGUGAAUCAUCCUACCAUGUUACAGGACCCUGAUGUCAGAGAGUUCUUAGAAAAAGAAGAGCUGCCACGUGCUGUGGGUACCCAGACAUUGAGUGGCGCUGGUCUCCUCAAGAUGUUCAACAAAGCUACAGAUGCAGUCAGCAAAAUGACCAUCAAGAUGAAUGAAUCCGACAUUUGGUUUGAGGAGAAGCUCCAGGAGGUAGAGUGUGAGGAGCAGCGCUUGCGGAAACUGCAUGCCGUUGUAGAAACUCUAGUCAACCACAGGAAAGAGCUAGCGCUGAACACGGCCCAGUUUGCCAAGAGUCUCGCCAUGCUUGGGAGCUCUGAGGACAACACAGCACUGUCACGGGCACUCUCCCAGCUGGCUGAGGUGGAAGAAAAGAUCGAGCAGCUCCACCAGGAACAGGCCAACAAUGACUUCUUCCUCCUCGCAGAGCUCCUGAGUGACUAUAUUCGCCUCCUGGCCAUAGUCCGCGCCGCCUUUGACCAGCGCAUGAAGACGUGGCAGCGCUGGCAGGAUGCUCAGGCCACCCUGCAGAAGAAGCGGGAGGCUGAGGCUCGGCUGCUGUGGGCCAACAAGCCUGACAAGCUGCAGCAGGCCAAGGAUGAGAUUGUAGAGUGGGAGUCUCGGGUGACUCAGUAUGAAAGGGACUUUGAAAGGAUUUCAACUGUGGUCCGAAAAGAAGUGAUACGGUUUGAGAAAGAGAAAUCCAAGGACUUCAGAAACCACGUGAUCAAGUACCUCGAGACACUCCUGUAUUCACAGCAGCAGCUGGCUAAGUACUGGGAAGCCUUCCUUCCUGAGGCAAAGGCCAUCUCCUAAUGGAUCGAGGACACCAGAGCCGCCUGCCUGACGCUGCCUUUUUAUACACUGUCCUCCACCUCUGCCGGGCCCAGCGAUGCAUCCUGCCCAGCCUGGACUUCACCCCUUCCCUCCUGCCCCCACAACCGAGCUGUCCCCAGUCCCUCUAACCGUUACUUCACUUAGCUUCCAUAUAUAUUUUCUUACCUGAAAGAAUAGUUUCUUGCUUUAAGCAAAAGUCCUAUACUAGGUGGUGGAAUUAGGGGAUGGGGUGGAGUAUUGAUAUAAAUAUAUAAAUACAAAUGUAUAUUUUUCAGGAUGUGGUUAGGAACUGAGGAUAACGUUUUCUGUUACUCCUGACGGUGCCAUGAAAAGAUUAUGUAAUAAAAUACUUUAAAAUCGGGUCACAUGACUGAGAAUGGUGGUGCUUUUUGCUCUAGGCUGGGGAACAGUUGGGAAGCAGCUCUAAACAAGAAGUGCCCGGUAGAGUCAUGCAAUGAGUUCCUCUCCACGGGAGCUCGUGGGCCUUGGCUCCUGCUUCCCCGCAGGACUGGGGUUUCCUUUGCUCUCUCUACCCCAGCUGCCUGUUCUGAGGGUCUCUUACUAACUCUUACUCCUGCUUCUUUAGGGAAGGAGUUUUAAACACGUCUCUUCUAAUAAGAGGAACAAAACCAGUUCUCCCGGAAAGGAGGCAGACUUUCAUUUUUAUUCCUGCCCUGUUUCUCUCAGCUGCCCAGGGCUCUCUGAGAGUUUGCCUUCUGAUAGCAAAGGCUUGUGUUCCGAACUUCUUUUUGCCACCCAUCAAAGCAGGUGCUCAGUAGACUGGUUUAUGUUAAAAAUGUAAAGAACUGAUAAGGACUUAACACUUCACCCCACUGACAACAGAACCAGGCACUCUGCCUUGAGAUAAAAGUCAUCCCAGGGUUCCUAAACCUGAGUUCUGAGAAGCUUUACGGUCUAUGCUCAGGAGAGAGCAUGUCGGCAAGAGGCCCUGGUGUUAUAAGCACAAGCCAAGGGCAUUCAAAGGGGUCUCUGUGCUGGCCUGGCCAGGGAGGCCCAGUCUCAGAUGUGCCCUUGCUGGGCUUCCCCUCAGCUGUGUCCGCAGCUGCUAAGCUCGCUGCUCAGAGCAGACUGCGAAGCUGCUGUGUGGGGCAGGGCUGGCAGACUGCCUGCAGGGGAGCCUCAUACUCCUAGCCCCACCACCCUCAGAUGCCCUUGCUGAGGGCACUCCAGACCCACAGUAUCUAUCUGUUCUUGGGGUGAGGGAUAGGUGUCAAGGUUUGAGUGGGGCAGCCUGAGGCAAGAGAAGGCAGUCAAUAGCACUGAUCUCCAGUAUUCUCCAGCAUACCUGCCUGACGGGAGUGCCUAUGCUGGCAAGUAUUUUUUUCAAUAUGCUGAUUUUUUUUUUUUUUUUUAAGGAAAAGUCACUCAAUCUCUCCCUUCCCCCUAAUAUCCUUAUUACCACCUUUGAUAUUACCCUUCCAAUCUUACUUAUAUGCUUGCUCUGCUUAGUUAUAAUAAUGGACACAUAAAAUACUCUGUAUCCGGCUUUCAUCAUUCAACCCUGUAUAAGCUAUAAGCAUUUUUUCUAUCUUGUUAUGUAUUUUCACAGAUGUUUAUUUGUAACGCUCUAAUUUUAAGGCUUCCAUAGAGUGACUGUACCAUAAUUCUGACUCAUCCCUUGUUGUUGGAUUGCUGGUUUGUUUGGGAACUUCUAGAAUUUUCAUAUGAUUUUAAACUUACAGAAAAGUUACAGGAAUAUCACGAAGAACUCCCACUUACCAAGUACUUACAUUUUACCACCCCAUUUGCUUUAUGACUUACGAUUUGCUUUAUCUGUAUUUAUGUGUUGUAUUUUCUCAAUCAUUGAGAGUCAGUUGUAGAUAUUGUUACCCCUCUACCCCAAAACUUCAGUAAGCCUUUCCUUAAGAAAAAGGACUUCCUCUCAACAUUUGUAACCGUGACCAUUUGGCAGAAGUGGGAAGCAUAGCGCUGACGCCGUGCUGACGCUGACAGGAGGCGGUUAUCUGCGCGUGCCCACUGUUUAAGUUGUGUCCGGUGCCCUAGUGCUGCCCUCUGUCGUGAGUCCCUGUUCCCGAUGCAGAAUCAUGUGUUACGUUAGUUGUGAAACAUGCUUACACGUGUCUCUCAAUUCAGAUGUCUUUCCUUUUAUUACCUUGGCCUUUUUGAAGAAUACAGCCACACAUUUUGUAGAAUGUUCCUCAAAUUGGAUUGGUCUCAUGGACUAGAUUAGGGUUUGGCAUGUUGGACAGGAACAUCACAAAAGUCAUUUGUCCUCUGUGUGUCUUAAGUUGGCAGGUGAUGUUACUUGAUCCCAUUAAUAUUGACGUUAGCUCUGUGAUCACUUGGUUAAGUUCAAGUCUGCCAGACUUCCCCUUUCUAAGUUGACUUCUCCCUUUGUAAGCAACAGGUUGCUUGUGGGGAGACACUUUGAUGUCAUGUACAUACCUUGUUCUUCAUUCAGUGUGAUUUUCAACUCCAUAGUUUCUUCUACACUUGUUUGACAUUCUACUUCUAAAGGAAAGCAUCUUCCUCCCUACUUAUUAAUCUGUUUGUUUAUAGGUAUGGAUGAAUGGAUUCCUAUUUACUCAAAGUUGCUAGGUAUUGCUUUGAUUCUCAAACCAUCCCAGAUUUCUAGCAGGCUCCUAUGUCUUUUUAAUAUGUCCCUUUAAAAACACUUUCUUACUUUCUGGCUUAAGGUGUUCCAGACUUACCUUGUAUCUUCCUAGCCCCAGCCUUGGAAUCAGCCAUUUUUUGCCAGGGAAUCUUGAUUCCUUUGAAUGGAAAAUGAUCUUAAGAAAUCAAGAUCUGGGUGCUGAGUGCCCAUUGCUACUAGAAUGUCAUUGCUUCUAGGCUUUUCUUGGCAGACAGAGCAAGGAAAUAACUGUAGAUAAAGAUACAUGGAAAUAUUGAAGGGAUGCAGAUAGAUGAUAUAAAUAAUUAAAAAUCAUGAAUUCAUAGUAGCCCCGUAAAUUUUAUUCUCAUCUCCCUUUUUCAUAUUUUUAACUCUCUAAGAUAAUUUUAAACUUUCUGCUUUGUUUUGUUCCAUCCAGUGACCCUCUUGAUGCAAGUCUGUUUUUGUUAUUUCCUGGGGACAGACUCCCUUCUGUUGUCAAAGCUUCCUUCUCAGAGCUUUCCUCUGUCCCAAGGCUGAUGGAGCCAGCUGUCUUCAGGGCCUGUGCAUUUCUGUGCAGAACUUGCAAGUUAAGACCAAUAGCAGUUUACCCAUACUGAGCCAGAGGCCUGUAUGCGGGGAUAGGGCCACAAAGAUGGACUUGUUCCACUUGGAGACUCAGGAGGAAGAAAUUGGAGAAUGGGAUGCUUGAACUGUGUCUUCAAGGUGAAGAGGUUUUUGUUCCUUCUGCGGGACCAUCUACCUUCCUGUGUCAUGUCGUGAGAGGUGGGCCCAUCUAGGGAAUACCAGUGGCUCGAUGUGGCCAGAGUCAAGUCAGUGGACGGCCCGUGGAGUGAUGAGCUAAGAGCUGGAUCACACAGUGCCUAUCACCUAUGGUACACUUUGAACAUGACCCUGCAAGUAUGGGGAGCUCCUGGAAGGACUUAAGCAGGAAAUAGCGUGGUCACAUUUGUGAUGUAGACAUAUCAGAAGAUACAAGGCUGGAGGCACAGAGAGUCAGCCGGAGUGCUGAGGAGGGCAGUAGUAAUGGAGUCCGGGCUCAGGGAGAGGAGUCAGUGGCAGCAGAGAGCCCCUGGGGGCUGCUCACUGAUACGAUGAAAGGCCUUAGGAAGAGAGAGGCAGCUGGCAUGACCCAUGAGCUUCUGGCUUGGGCUUCAGGGUGCCUGGUGAGAACGGUCAUGACAGGCAGCAUGGGAGGCCAAAUAGGUUUGGAGCAAAUGGGCGGGGAAGCAGUGGUGACAGCAAGUGCAUGACCAUGUCAUUCACAUAAGAGGCUCGGCUGCGUGAAAAGGGAGGACUGUGCCGAGAGGUAAGGGAGAUACAAAGUCAAAGCUGGCUUUGUUUCAUUUAAAGGCAUGUCAGACCUAACAGGUUAACAGAAUUCAGAGGACAGAAGGGGAGUAGCCAUCAGCUAUGUCUGGGAGCACAUGCAAAGUGCACAGCGCAGGGAGCCUCGCUGCUGGGGCUGGGGAGGAAGGAUUGACCUCCUGCUUGGCAGUCCAGAUGCUCUCAGACACGGCUACGUUGACCUAUUGUGAGUCAGGUGGUUUACAGAAGAGGUGUGGAAAUGAGUCUUACCCCUCCUGCUUCCCUGUGGGCUGUUUCCCCCAUGUGUCUCUGGGCUCCGCAGUCCUGAAGGUGAGGGCUUAGAGCUGAAGAGACCCCAGCAUUCAGAAUGGGUCUUCAGCAACAGAACAGAUGCAAGGAGUAGAAAUGAUAGGAAGCGCUACAUGUGGAUGUUUGUAACGCUGAGCUCUUUCCGAGUGAUUUUCAUUCUGAAUGCACCUGUAGCUGAGAAGCCUAAAGAAAAUAAAGAAUGUCUGUGCAUCUCAAGUUUGAAAAAUCAUGAGAAGAUAGUGGAAAUCUAAAGAUGGGGCCAGGAACUGGUUGAGAAAGGAGCGUGGUGAUGGAAGGGGUGUCCUUUGCUGAGCAUGUUUAGAGCCCACGUGGGAUUGGAAACCAUGGAUUCUGAGGAACAGCAGACCCUAAGGUGGUGGGAUUUUCCCCACCAGUUCCCAGCAGCCUUUGGGAGGGGGAGGAGUAGAAAAGGAAGAGAGUGGUGAUUCCCUCCUUUCCUGCAUUUGACCCAUGCCUGAACAGGACACUCUGCCUUAAUGAGUCACUGGCUGAAAGUCUCAGCUCCACGUUGGGGAAGAGCUGGGUCAGAGCUCAGAGUUAGAAAUGCACUAGAACGACUUAUCCUUGUCUUCCAGCCCCGGGGUUGGUGUGCCAUCAUCUGCCAAUGUCUUGUGAUACCAGUUGUGUGGCUUAAUGUUGGCAAUCUCCGCCAAACAAAAAUUCUGUAAUAUUUAAUUUGGGCCUUAGGGUUAUCCAUAGGAGCGCAAUGGCUACCAAGAACAGGACGUGAUGAGGCAGGUCACUGAAGCACAAAAAGCAAUUUAAGGCAUAAAAAAAAAUUAAGACAAUAAACUCUCCAAAGUGGAACAUCUCUUUAACCUUGUGACCCCUGAAAAUAUCUGGGCUUUAAAUAGGUGCUAUGUAGGUAACUGUUGAAUGAUCUCCAACAGUGGGCUCUGCCACUUGGCCUUCACAGCCUGCUUUGAGAGGACUCCAGCUCGCCUUUCUCUGUUUAUCUCCUAGCCCUUCACAGCAGUGUGCGUACCUCACAGAAACAGACUCCACACACUCUCCUUCCUUCGCCACUGUUGUGUAGCGUAAGAAGCCUUUAUUAUCGGUGGCCUUUGCACCUGAAGCACCCUAUCUCAAGCCCUCGUCCCUCCCUUCAAUCUUAAACUUACACCUGUCUGAAACCGCCAGCCUUCCAUAUUGUGGAAGAAAGUGUGAGUAAAUAGAGAUGAGGGCACUGGUUGGUGUGUCAGGACACUCACUGGGGAUUCCCAUAGACACUUCUAGAAACCCAAGUCCAGAAAGAUGGUUAUGCAAAGAAGACCAUCAUAGCACUGUUUACAGCUGUAAAAUUUGAAAUCAAUCUAAAUGUACAGCAGGAAGGGAUUAAAUGAAUUAUGGUACAUAAUGCAAUUAGAUAUUAUACAGUCAUUGAAGAUGAUAUACAGCUAUAUUCAUUGGUAAGAACUAAUUUUUGAGUAAGAAUAGGUUACAGAAUUACAUGUAUGAUAUGGUCUGCAUUUAUAUAAAACUAUAUAUAUAUAUAUAUGAGAAGGAUGUUAAUUGAAUUGUUAACUGUGGUUGCCUCCAGGGAUGGAAUUUUGCAUUAUUUAAAAUUUUUAUACUAUCUGAUAUUGCUUGGAAUUUGUAUAUUAUUUUUAUAAUCAUAAACAUUAAAUAAAGCUAUUUUCAUUGUGGGAAAACAACCCACUGCA